AUGGAAGCCUACCACGACUUGGGCAAGAUCGGAGAGGGCAAGUCUCGUGAUCCAAGCUAUGCUCAGUACCCCCGUGCACCUGCUGUUUCGCGCGUCGUGGCUGUCGUCGAUUGAUGUCGUCACACGAGCGAGGCGUCUCUCCAACUCCUCGGUCGCGCCCCCUAUUCCACGCUACGCUCUCAGGAUCUGCUAUCGUCUUCGCACCAUCGGGCCAGAUGAGCUCACCGUAAAAAAAAUCUGCUUCUGAAUAGGAACCUAUGGAACCGUCUACAAGUGCAUCCAUGUCAGUUCAAUUCCCCUUUUAUCCUCUGGUCGAUCAGAUCGGGGUCCUCGCGACGCGCCUCAUCGCGUCGCAAAGGAUAGAUCCGAUUCCAAAAUUGAGCAUCGGUGAACGCGGCAGCCCUAGGAGUAAAUCAAAGAUUGCAUUGCUGAUACUGUAUAAUGUAUGUCCCCUGAUACAGCCCACGACGAAGCAAGUCGUCGCGAUGAAAAAGAUUCGACUUGAAGACGACGACGAAGGCGUUCCUUCGACCGCGCUCAGAGAAGUCUCGGUCCUGAUGGAACUCGGCCAAUCCGAUGGACCGGGCCACGACAGCGUCGUCAAGCUGCUCGACGUCAUCCACAACGACUCGUGCCUCUGCCUCGUCUUUGAGUUCUUGGACCUCGAUCUCAAAAAGUUCAUGGACAACGCGUCGCAGGCCGCAGAUCUGGCCAUGUAUAAAGCGGCCGGUCACGGUGGCACCGGCGUGGGAAUCAGUCUCGAGGCUACGGGGUCCCUUCGGGGCAAAGCGAGAGCCAGGAGAGGCCUGCCGCCUGAUUUAGUCAAGGUCAGUGAACGCAAAUAUGUCUUCGCGACAGCAGACCCGGUCUGAUGACAAAACUUCUUCCCCCUUUCAGAAAUUGAUGACCCAACUGCUCCUCGGACUUUCGCAUCUGCACUCGAGGAGGAUACUGCAUCGGGAUCUGAAACCACAAAAUCUGUUGAUCGACAAAGCUGGCAAUCUCAAGGUUCGUUCUGGGGUUUUUUGCGCUCCUCGGUCAAAUACGCCGAACGCUGACCGUUUUCUCCCCUUCGCUUUCGGCUCGACAGAUCGCCGACUUUGGCCUGGCUCGAGCGUUCGGUAUCCCACUGAGGACAUAUACACACGAGGUACGCUACCAGUAACUUUUGACCUUGGUCACGCGAGGGCUGACGAGUGACGUCCUGCGUUUGAUUACAGAUUGUAACGCUGUGGUACCGACCACCAUGUGUCCUCCUCGGCGGUCGACGAUAUACGACAGCAGUGAGUCUUUGCGAAAGUGGCUAUGCGAGCUGAAGACAACGACUGACAGCCUACUUCGUUGCAAACUGACAGGUUGACGUUUGGAGUGUGGGGACAAUUUUUGCCGAGAUGCUGGUACGUUUUGUUUCCCCCAAGCAGCCGCGUGAUUGUCAGAACACCUAACACGCUCUGCGCCACUUUUCAUAUCCAGAGCGGCAUGCCACUUGUCCCUGGAGAUUCCGAGAUUGAUCAGAUCUUCAAGAUCUUCCGGCAAGUGCUAUGCCAGUUCCUAUGAGUUGUUUCUGCCCAUACUCACUUUUUGGCCCGCCUGCCCACAGAUUACUCGGCACGCCAACAGCCGAAGUCUGGCCCGGUCUUGCGACGAUGCCCGACUUUAAACCGACUUUCCCACGCUGGCGGCCGCAGGAUCUUCGCGAGGUUCUCCCCGAAAUGGACCACACUUCGUUGCAUCUCCUCUCCGGGAUGCUGACCUACGACCCAGCCCGAAGAAUCUCUGCCAAAAGCAGUCUCCUCCAUCCUUACUUCACCAAGACUGGAUCGGCAUUCUCCGAUUCUCCAUUGGCGACUGGAGUUAACGAGGGAGGAUUGGGAUUGGGUGCCGUCUUUGGCGGUUCAAACUCGAACGCUUUCUUGUGCGCUUCUUCGGCCGGGGCGUCGAGUGGGUCCGGAGCUGGGGGAGAGGGGAGGAACGCUCCUACCAUCGAGACGUUGAUGGCUUCGCCGAUCAAUUGA